AUGAGUACACAAGCUUUUGAAAAUAAAAAUACAAAGGGUUUGAAGUUUGGAUCUUCAAAUGAUAAUAAAUGUUUAAGCAUUGAAAUCAAUCCUCAUUUAUCAAAAAUUAAACGUCCAAGGAACAGAGUGGAAUUCACAAAGGAAAUGCUCGAAAUAAUUGAUAAAAAGCUUAAUGAUUUGGAAGGUGAUGAUACACAUCGUAAUUUGAAAGAUGAAUCGCUUACUCCUGACAUAAGGUUAGAUACCCCCGUAAGCACUCCUAUCGAUAUCGAAUGA